AUGCUCACUCCUCAGCAGGCUCGUCGUCUCACUCGCCUCCUCCACCUCCUCCACGUCCCCUCCAAGUCGGCCACUAACCGCUUCGACUCCUCCGGCGUGCCAAACAGCCUAUCCAUCGCUCCACCCACCUUCACGCCGCACAUCUCCAGCACACAGAACUGCACCCACAGCAAAAAUGCCAUGCAACAUCCCGCAUACAGCGAUGACGAUCUGGAACGGCCACUGCGUGCAGGUGGUGACGGCGCAGACGUUCUAGAAAAUGGGGCCGAGGGAGACGCCGAAGGAGAAGGCGAAGAUGCACACUAG